CGACGUGGAAACAUCGGACACCCGAGAGAAACAAACAUUCCAGGCUAGACACACAACAGUAGUGAAGUACGAGCAACUUUUAAAGCACUGACAAACUUUGCUUGUUAACAUUGAACUCCUCUCUUCCACUUUCUCAUGCUAGACCCAAAUCCCCCCUGAUACUCCUCUCCAAACCUCUGUCUCUGUCUAUUGUUAUUCUCUAUCUUAAAUUAUGCUCUAGUAUGUUUAUCUUUUGUGACAUUUUUAAAGUUUUGAUCUCGACAACCGCAGCUGAAGGUUCUGUUAAAUGAUGAGAAAGGAAGUUGCUUUUGAAUGCUCUAUCAUAAAAUUGAAUGACAUGGAUUGUUCUUAGGAUUGGGGUUAGGCAUUUGAUUCUUUGAUCUUUCUACCUGUAAUCUAUUGGCCGGGUUGCUCCUCUAAUCAUGCCCGUGGUUCAGAAACUGUAUGAUACUUGCAAAGAAUCAUUCUCAACCAAUGGCCCAAUAUCAGAAGAAGCUCUGGAGAACGUUCGUGCUAUUUUAGAUGGAUUGAAGCCUUCUAAUGUGGGUCUCGAACAGGAGGCACAAUUAUCGCGUGGAUGGAAAGGUUUGAUAAAUGGUGGCAAUGGGAGAAAAGGGCGUAAUAUCAUUCAUCAGUAUCCACCUGCAAUAAAAUAUUUGCACUUACAUGAGUGUGAUAGAUUCUCUAUAGGGAUCUUCUGUAUGCCACCUUCCUCUAUCAUACCACUUCAUAAUCAUCCAGGAAUGACCGUUCUGAGCAAGCUUCUGUAUGGCUCGCUUCAUGCGAAAUCAUAUGAUUGGCUCGAUUUACCUGGUCAUACUGAUCUAUCUCAAGCAAGACCUGCAAAACUUGUCAGAAAUUGUGAAGUGACUGCACCCUCUGGAGCAACAAUUCUUUAUCCAACUACUGGUGGCAACAUUCAUUGCUUCAAAGCUUUAACUCCUUGUGCACUGUUUGAUGUGCUUUCACCCCCAUACUCUUCGGAAGAUGGGCGUCACUGCUCUUAUUUUAGGAGGAUCCCUCAAAGAAAUCUGGAAGGUGUUGAUCAGUUGUGUGGUGUAAAUCCCUCCGAAGUGGCUUGGUUGGAAGAGAUUCAACCCCCUGAAAACUUUGUGGUCCGUAGGGGACAGUAUAGAGGCCCCAUUAUUAGACAAUAAGGGGUUUUAGAGAGGACCAUACCAUUAGUCAUAUCGGCUAAAACAAAUGAAGAGCCAUUUUUCACACUUUGUUGGAAUCUUAGCUGUCAAUUCUGUUGGCAAUAAAUCCCAACAUUAGCUACACGAGGAAUUUGUUGUACAUAUUACAUAAGUAUUAUUUUAUAUGCCUGCUUAAUGGUGAAUGUCGAUAGCAAGAACAUGUUCCUCCUUCUUGUCAAGAAUUUAUUGCUAAGGAGGCGUUUUAUUGUAUCUUUACCUUGUGAAAUUUUCUGAUAGCUAUAAUUUCUGGUUGGUAUUAGUACUUUUUGUUUUUCUUCA